AUGGCUAUUGAGGCCGAUGGAGUUCGGAAACAAGCAUUUACCGGGCCGCUAUGCCAGCAGCAGCGCAAGCAAGGCAAGCAACGAAGGACAUUCCACAUCGCAGUAAAUGUCAACGGCACGCGUCUCAAGAGGGACAAGGAGACAGGACAGGGUAGCAUCCUGCUGCUGCUCUCCCAGCCGUACAGCCAUCGAGCAGUUCACUCUCAAGACGCGAGUUUGCAGUUCACUCUCAAGACGCGAGUUUGUUGCCUUUCGUACAUCUCGGGAGAGAAGGAUCCCGGCGGUCUCGCGGCCUUCCCGGCCGAGCUGUCCCAGGCGGACAAGGAAUACCUGUUCCUCGCCAAGCUCCUCCGCCUCUCGCCCCUGACGCCCUCGCACGUGCUCAACCUCAAACACUACCCUAAGCUCGUCCGCAGGGAGGCCCGCCUCGUCUGUCUCGAGGCCACCAUCGCUGCCCUCGAGAACCCAGACCUCUUCGAGCUGAACCUCCUAGCGAAGCUGUGGUUCGCGAGCCUCGGCACGUACACGGCGCUCGACGCCGCCGCAGGCCGCCAGUUCCUGUGCGGGCCGUUCUCGUUCACCGCCAUGCACGAGCUGCGGCUGCGGGUUUCCGAGCGCCCGCACCACGGCGCGCUGACGAUGAUAGACACGCGCGCCUCGGCCGUCGUCCGCGACCGCUACACGGACCCGCCAAUCUGCGACGUCUACGACACCCUGCGGCGCGCCGCCGCCGCCGGAUACCCCCCGCCCCUGCCCCUCGCCAACAUCUUCGACCUCCCGCAGUUCCGCGCCGUGCUCGAACCCUUCCUGCGCGCCGGCACCGCCGAGCUGCCGCUCAUGUUGGCCAGGAUGCGGGACAAGGCUGUCGCGCUCCGCCGAACGAUUAAUAUGUUGCGCCUCUCGCUCGGCCCGCCAGAAGCGCCGCUGGACGAUCCAACUGGCGGCCCUCCAGGAGUACCGCCGGAUGACCCAGAGGCCGCUGGCCCUGUUGCUGCUGUUGAGUGGCGAAGGGAUUGCUUACGUAGGUUGUCAAGCUAUCAUCGAGGCUCGUUCGUCGACGCUCGUAGCAGUGUGAGAUUCGGCACGUCGAAACUGGCAGAGACAGAGGAAGAUGAAAAGGUGUGA